AGGCAUUGGACAACCCCUGGCUCUUUGACUCCAGGCACCUCUAGGGAGUAGAUGCCUGCGGCAGCCGUUACCCAGGGUGUUCCCCUCAACCUGGGGGCCCUGCCUGGCUCCAGCCUCCCACUGCUGGUCCACCCGCUCCACACGGACUACUGUAGGCUAGGGGAACACAGCAGGGGCAGGGCACUCAUUGUCAUAGGGAAAAAGCUGGUCAGCGAAAGGAGCAUUUUCUCAAACCCUUCCCUCUUCACCCGAGGCAGUCAAGGAGGAGCCAUUGCAAGUCAGCUAAGUGAGUUGUCUUCGUACCAGUCUUCCUGUGGAGGAGUGACCCCUGAGAGAAUCCUCACCUGCUGGUCUGAGACUCAGAGCUGUGCUACAGGCCUCUCUACUGAACAGAGCUCCCUGUACUCAUGGAGAUACGAUGAGUUUGACAGAGUGAACACCCAGCGUGUGCGUCAGCUAUUCAGUGAUGUGGACGAGCUGCUGUAUGAAGGGAGGGUGAACAGCAGCUCCCUGGGACUGCAGGAGGAGUGUCAGGAGUGGAACGGACACUCCCCACACCUCAGAAUUCUGGGUAAUCAGCUGGAGUCGCCCAAUCAGGAAGGGUUUCAGUACGUACACAGGAGAGUGGUGGCCAGUGGAGGGAGAGGGAAUGCAGUGCUGCCCCCGUGUGUGGACAAGAGGGAGAACUCUGGAGAGUUAUGUGUUGAAGGUCACAGUCUUUCCCCAACUCCCUGCACAUUGCAGGGGGAAACCCCUCUCUCCCACUCUCUCUGUGAUCACUCCUCCCUUCUACAAGAAGAGGUCUAUGAGGCAGAGGGAAGGAUGGAGGAAUUUCUUGCCUAUGAUGCCAAAGAUACGGAGGAUGAGUGGGUGGGUCAGAGAGGAGUCUGGGGAUCUGUGGGGGCAGCAGGGAGGUCCGGGGUACCCCCUGUGUCUCCCCACACCUGUAUCAGGGAGGCCGUGGCUGACGAGGCCUUUGAUGACAUGUGGAGGGAGGUGGUGAAUUCUCUGGGGGAGCUCCUCCACAAACACUGGCAGAGACAAAUCACGGGUCAAAGAGGAGUGUUGGAGGCUCUUGGUGGAGUCUUGGGUGAUCCCUCUCUCCACAUCAACAGUAAAUGUCAGCGUGUUCCUCUCUCCAGGGGCUCCAACACACGUAGCAUGCUGCUGUGGUCCAACUGUUGCCCCACUACACAGGCCUCUCAGGUAUCAAGUACCUUCAAGCUGAAUUUAAACGGUGUUAUGACAAUCCAAGCUAAGCCUCUUCAACAAAGACAACACGGAUUUGCAGAGAAGUCUCAUUGUGAUCUGGAGGACAGACCCAGCAGAGCUCCUGCCCCCACUGUGUCUCCAUCCAGGAGAGCAUGUAGUACGCCCUCCCACAGAGCCCCAGGCCCAGCCCAGCGAGGCCUGCCCCUGCCCAGGCUCCAUAUCUGCUCCAGACCCAGCUCCACCUCCAGAAGUACCAGCUCCAGGGGCAGGGCCAGGAGCUGCCUCAGCCCCAGACACACUGUCCCCAGACACCAGGUCAUCAGAGGAACCAGACUGACCACAGUGACUGAAGGACAGCCGUCCCCAAUCCUCAGUUCAAUACAGAACCAGAGGCUCCUCCCCCUCCUCCAUGCUGACCAAUCAGAGCUGGAGCCCUCCGUGUGUACUGCUGCACCCAUGCAGCUCAGGGGGAGGAUUCUGCAAGGAGGACAUGCCACUGUACCCAUCUCUAUCCUUCCACCCCUCAGAGAGCCCACUCUGCUGUUGGAGUCCCUGUCUCGUCCCAACACCACACACACACUCCGGUCAGACACACCCAUGAAGCAAUUGUUCACUCCCAUGGAUUUCACCUGCCACAUGAAGACUGGGAAAGGACCUCACCCAGGUGACUAUGCUCUGAUUGGAGUGACAGGCUUUGGCGUGGGUAUCACCUGCUCCGCCUCGAACGGCUUCUACGAGAGCACCAUGGCAACGAGGAGACGCCAGCGCCCGCCAUCCUCCUCUGUGGAAGGAGAGAGUGGGACCGAACCACUGCUCUUAGGUGUUCCUCAUCAACGUAAAGUGUUUGGUCGGUUUCCUGGUCAUGUGAAGAAGAGACUCCAGGUGGUGUUGUCAUAGCAGCACAGUCCAGACAGGAAGACCAGAAUGCAUCAGGAACACCAACACUUGGAAUUAAUGGGUGUGACUAGAUGAAGUACAGCUACGGUGAGAUUUACCAUUGAACUAACACAAGAGUUUGGACUUACGUUUUGAAGCCAGAUGAUGAGUCGGAGUUGGAGAUCACUUUUCAUUGCUAUGGCGAUAGCUAGCUAGCCUCCCUGACAGUGCUAUCUAGAGGUAGGACCGCAAUGUGCAGAUAACGGGUGGACAAUAAGGACAAGGUUUUAAUUUGAAAAGACCACAGCAUUUAGCAGGACAAAUCUGCUGGUUAUAUUGUAUAUCUGCCGUUUUAAUUAGAUACAUUGUAGUUUAUGUGCCAAGAGCCAUUACAGGAUAGGAUAAAUGUGAUUAAAUACAUUGUCCACUACUGUUUGUUUACCUAAUGUCGAUUUUGCAAGCUAGCUAGCAUUGUGAAGCAGUGUCUAUGCAUACAAGCAACCGUACGCUGAUAUUUCAUCCAAAAAAACGAUCAGCAGUGAAAUAUUGAUUGUUACUUUGCAUAGCAGUGCUUGAGGUGUCACUACCCAGGUUAAAUCCCAUGCUGUGUCGCUGCCGGCUGCGACUGGGAGACCCAUGAGGCGGUGCACAAUUGGCCUAGCGUCGUCCGGGUUAGGGGUUUGGCCGGCCGGGAUGUCCUUGUCCCAUCACGCUCUAGCGACUCCUUGUGGCAGGCCGGGCACCUGCAAGCUGACUUCGGUCGCCAGCUAGACAGUGUUUCCUCCGACACAUUGGUGCGGCUGGCUUCCGGGUUAAGCGAGCAGUGGGUCAACAAGCAGUGCGGCUUGUCAGGGUCGUGUUUCGGAGGACGUAUGGCUCUCGACCUUUGCCUCUCCCGGGUCUCUACGGUAGUUGCAGCGAUGGAACAAGACUACCAUGAAAAAGGGGUAAAAAAAGUAAUUAAAAUAAAAAGGCGAUGUCAUGUCAUGUAGGCGAUGUCAUGGCGACGUUGGCUAGCUAAGCUCGUGCAGAAACACAUCAGGUUUAAAGGUCGUCACGUGCCGAACUGCGCAUGUGCAUGCCAUCAAAUCAAAGGGACUCCUUCAAUAAAAAAGUAUUUUUGACUAAAAUGAAAACGUGUCACUUUCACGUGGUUGGAGUAAUAACAUGUUCAACUACUUAAGACAUUGUCUCAAAUAUAAAUUGUGCCUUUAGAUUUUGAGAAAACUACAGAAGAAUUUUUCACUUCUCUCAUGGACCCCAAACCCUGACCUGGUCUGCUUGGUCUUCUAUAAACCCCAAACCCUGACCUGGUCUGCUUGGUCUUCUAUAAACCCCAAACCCUGGCCUGGUCUGCUUGGUCUUCUAUAAACCCCAAACCCUGGCCUGGUCUGCUUGGUCUUCUAUAAACCCCAAACCCUGGCCUGGUCUGCUUGGUCUUCUAUAAACCCCAAACCCUGGCCUGGUCUGCUUGGUCUUCUAUAAACCCCAAACCCUGGCCUGGUCUGCUUGGUCUUCUAUAAACCCCAAACCCUGGCCUGGUCUGCUUGGUCUUCUAUAAACCCCAAACCCUGGCCUGGUCUGCUUGGUCUUCUAUAAACCCCAAACCCUGGCCUGGUCUGCUUGGUCUUCUAUAAACCCCAAACCCUGGCCUGGUCUGCUUGGUCUUCUAUAAACCCCAAACCCUGGCCUGGUCUGCUUGGUCUAGUUCGCAAGCAUUCCCGGAAGUCUCGCGAUGUUGCACAUGUGGUGAUAUCCAACUCAGACUCAUCAUCUGGCUUCAAAACGUAAAUCCUAACUCUUGCGGUAGUUCAAUGGUAAAUCUCAUCCGUAGCUGUAUUCUAUGUAGUUAUAACCGGAAUUUAUGGAAACAACAGGAAGAAAGGUCCAAUUGGAUUUUCAUUUGGCUAAAUUAUUCUCAAUGCAAUAUUUUUUGUUAUUACAUUGAUUGAUGAAACCAUAACAUUUAUCCAGAUUAUUAGCUGCUUCUUAACACAACAUGGCAUUACUAAAUCUAAAUUCAAUGUGGCUAAAUACAUUUGCUAAAUGAGCCACGUUAGGAGGAAAAACAUGAACUAGGUCCUACUUGUAUGUUUUCUACAGAGAUGUCAGUGUCUUGAAUACCCUAGGUUUUUCAAGGAAUGAUCAUUCAUUCAAAUAUUAUUUUGAAAUUGUAACAAUAUAAUUUUGUUAUGCAAUAAAUGGCUAUUUCUGUUA